CCUCUCUCCACAUUCAGACUCCAUUACUUCUCACUCGGCACACUGAGGUUUUUCAAGCCAAGUUCUCCGUCCGCCAGGCGCCAUGUUUCGCCUUCACCGCCUGCCCCUCGCCCUCCUGCUGCUACACCUGGCCGCCACCGCCGCCCACGUAGUGUUCCUGGACGGCGAGGAAGCCAGCCAGCUUCUGACCCGACGGAGACGAGCCAACAGCGUUUUUGAGGAGUUUAAAAAAGGCAACAUGGAGAGGGAGUGCAUCGAGGAGCGCUGCAGCUGGGAGGAGGCGCGGGAGAUCUUUGAAGACGUCGACAAAACUAAUAUUUUCUGGGCCAAAUACGUCGAUGGCGACGCGUGUCUGUCGAUGCCCUGCGCUCAUCAAGGACUUUGCAAAGACGGAAUCGGCACCUACAACUGCUACUGCCAGUCCGGCUACCAGGGCUUCAACUGUGAGAUCGUCAUUCCUGAGCUCUGUGAGAAUAAAAAUGGCGGCUGCGAGCACUUCUGCAGCGUGGUCCAAGGAAACAUCGAGUGCUCCUGUGCUGCCGGAUACUUCCUGGGACCGGAUGACAAAUCCUGUGAAUCCAACGAGCCCUUCAAAUGCGGCGCCAUCAUCAGCGGAAAAGUCCGGACCAUUUUCAGGUACGAGCGUCAGAACACCACAGAGUUCAACCAGACGCACACAAACUCCACUGAGAAGAACUUCACGUCUGUUUCGGAGAGCAGCAGCAGCACGAAUCAGACUGUGCAAAAACACGCCCUUUUAGAGGAAUUGCUCACGUAUCAAAGAGCGGGCAUGACCAGAAUCGUCAACGGAGAGGACUGUCCACCGGGAGAAUGUCCAUGGCAGGCUCUCCUCCUGAACGAAGACGGCGUAGGUUUCUGUGGAGGAACGAUCCUCAACCAUUACAUCAUCCUGUCCGCCGCCCACUGCAUGAACGAGUCACGCUCCUUCACCGUUAGGCUCGGUGAGUUUGACACGUUGGUGGAGCACGGUAACGAAGCUACACACGGAGUUCAGACUAUCAUCACCCACAGAGGGUACAGGCCGGACACCUACCACAACGACAUCGCCCUCCUCAAACUGUCUACACCAAUCAAGUUCUCCCGGUUCAUCCUCCCCGCCUGCCUACCCAAGCAGGACUUUGCUGAAAAGGUGUUGAUGCGGCAGCCUGACGGCAUGGUCAGCGGUUUCGGCCGUGUCGGCGAGGGCCGGCAGCCAUCCACCAUCUUGCAGCGCCUCGCCAUGCCCUACGUGGAUCGGUUCACCUGCAUCGAAUCCACCCAGCUACGCAUCACCACCCGCAUGUUCUGCGCCGGUUACGACACGAUAGCCAAGGACGCCUGCCAAGGCGACAGCGGCGGGCCACACGUCACACGGUACCGCGGCACUUAUUUCAUCACCGGCAUCGUGAGCUGGGGCGAAGGCUGCGCACGCAAAGGCAAGUACGGCGUCUACACGCAGGUGUCCAAGUACAUCAACUGGAUCCAUGAUGGCUCUGUGAAGCUGAUGGCCACAGAGAAGAGUGGCGUCCGGGCGCGGAGGCACAGCCACGCCAUCGAGAGGCUGAUGCUGUAACACGGCGCUCAAUGGGUCAACGCUAAAGUCCACCGAGCAGAGAUCAGAAACACUUUGAGCCUCUCAUGUAAUCAUUGGUUUUAGGGAUGCACCAAAUCCAGAUUUUUAGGGUUCGGCCGAAUACCGAAUCCAUUGGUUGAGAUUCUGCCGAAUCCUCGUCCCCUCCUCAGUCCAUUAAUCAGUCCUUCCAGAAAAGCAGUAAUCAUAACAUUUAACAUAUUAUCAGCUUAUAAAGUAGUUGUGGCCAGAGCAACAUAAUUAUCCCGUCUACAGUGUCAAUAAUUGUUUGAGGGGUUCCUCAGGGUUCGAUUCUUGGCCCUCUAUAUUUUCUUCUUAAUUAAUGCUGAAUUAAUUGAAAACGCUGCCAGCUUUUUUACUAUGAAAGCACACUAUAGUCAACCUUUUCGUGUCA